AUGAAAAGAAAGCAUGUAGCCAUAGACAAGUUAAGAAAGGAAAGAAAAGCUUUAAAAAUGGAAAAUUUGAACCUAAAACUAGAAGUAAAUAUGUUAAAAUUCCUAACUGGAAAGGAGAAUGUUGCUGUUCCAAAAAAGAAGAAACAUAAAGCACCAAACGAUUUUGCUCAAAUAAGUUUAGGAAUUGAAACUUUAACAAAGAAAAUUCAAAUGAAAGAAAAAAUGAUCCAAGAACUUGAAUCAGAUGUUGGAAAGUUAAAGUGUGAACUGACAAAAUUACAGGAGCAAAUUUCUGUUAAAAAGAAAACACCUGUAGAACCUGAAGUGCUAUUUCAGGCCAAAAGGUAUGAGUCAAUGAUGAGAAUUUUUUUUUUUUUAUUAUGUGUAUUGUAACUUACAAUUUCUUAUUAUAUUAACAAUUGUAUACCCUUCUUUAUAAGCAUUAUAUAACUUAAAUCUGAGAGACUUUUUUCAUAUUUUAAAAAUCACAUUAGCAAAAAGAGAAAACAUAUCCGCACCCCUGAAGAUAUAGUUUUACAAUCUCAAGAGAAGGAAGAGACCUUAGAGCAUGGUAAAGCACAUUUUAAAGAUAAUUAAGUUAUGCCUAUAAUACUUAAAGAGUCAGUUUAUAACAUUAAAUCCAUAUUAUGUUAAAAUUAAAGCUCAAGUUAAUUUCUUUUUUAAAUUGGCCAUUAAUGAAAUAAUAAGAAACAAGAUAUUUUAUGUAAGAAAAAGUAUAUUACGGGUAAUGAAUCCAAUGACACUAAAUUUUUAAAUAAGUUCAAUUUUCUGUGUUACAGAAGGAUGGUGGGAGGUAGAGAAAUUU